AUGACCGACUAUGCGCCACGAAGCAGUCAGGAUUACAACACCUUCUUUCACAAUCAGCAACUCGCCAUGUCGCAUUAUUCCAAUGGCAGCGGCAUCAGCUACCUCUAUGGCAAUGGUCAAAUUCAGUAUCAGACCGUUGAUACUCCAUGUCCAGCAUAUUCAACCACUUUCAAUCCAGCACAGGGUACUCAUUCCAGUCCUUUGUAUAUGGCCAAUGUCUCUGGCCUACCAAUUCAGUACCCUGUUCCAAGCAACAGAGUUCCUACUCUACCUUCUCAAUCUCGUGCGGUCCCCCAGUCCUCCUACUACACUACGUCCUCCUCCAACCAUAGGACCGCCCCUCACCAUACACGCCUCAUGACGCCUCGAGACUACAGUCACAUAGAUGGUACGGAAUGUCAAGACUCUCCAAAUGAGGACACGAUGCUGUCGGAGCCAGUCUUACCUCCUCUAGAAGGGUAUCCUAAUGUCGGUGACUUUGACGAAUUAAUGAAACGUUACGUUCAAGACCUGUCUCCAAAAAAGCAAGACAAGGCCUUGAUUAACGCUCGAAGAGCUGCCAACAUCCGUCAUGUCCUCAUCGACAAGAAGACCACCUCCAUUGAGUCGGCGCAGUUUCGGUUCUGGGUGAAGAAAAUGUUCACCCUUCAGCCAGCUGACGGCAAACCACCUGAGCACAGAAAGAUCUGCCAUGAAGGCAAACCGGUAGCAGUGCGAGAAAAGCUGUUCAAGAUUCUCACCAAAGCACACAAGCAGUGUCAACACGGAGGGCGGGACAAGACCUCGGCCCAAGUCCGGCGUGUCUACUCCUGGGUUCCAAAAGAGCUCAUCUCGAGAUUUGUCAAAUUAUGUCCCACUUGCCAGGUCAGGAGAGGCACCGCACGCAACUCACCGCCCGAGUCGGAGAGGAGCCCAGACGCCCGAAUGAACACACAGUCGCCAGACGCGAGCGGAGUACUAAGUUCCAGAAAGAAUUCAGCGUCAAGCAGACCAGCUACAGUCAAUGUGACUCUGCCCCUACAGUCGGCAGGAUUCACUAGCAGCGCGGCUUUCCAGCAACAGAACCGCUGGAUGACUCCACUGCCGCCUCAGCAAGUACAGCCUGAGCCUAGUCGAGUGUCGACCAGCAGCACAGUCAAACAUGAAACCUACAACACCAUUCCACCAAUGCCCAUGAAUUGCGCGAAUGGAACGCCGCCUGGCAUGAGUUUCUCCUCUGUCAAUACUUCAUUCACGAAUCCUUCAACUGCAUAUAGUUCGAACUCUUUGUCUCAGCCGACGCAUGGACAUGUAUUAACAGACCACAACUACGACACCAAACCUGGACAUCACUAUCUCUAA